GAGGGAGGAGGCGGAGUGGUGGUAGUGGUAGUAGUAGUGGUGGUGGGUGGGUGAGCUCACGGUGAAGAGGCAAGUGUUGAGUUGCUCCGUGCUGGAGUUUGCGUGUUCCUGACAUCGUCCGCCUUCUUGUGCAUUUGCCCCGUCGCUUGGCCACGAUGGAGAGGGUGGCCAGCACCAUCCGGCAUGCUCCCACCAGCCUGCUGAACAGGCGCUCCGUGAACACGAUGGAAGCCGACAGGGAUACGUUCGAACGCGUACAGCUGACGAGCAUCAACAAGGCGGUGAACACACAGGAGGUGCCGGUCAAAGAAAAGCAUGCACGCAUCUGCAUCAUGGGCACGCACCAGGAGCGCGGUGCGCUCACCUUCUGGACGACGGCCAGCACGCUGCCGCUCUCCAGCAGCCCCGUCAUCAGCUGGAAGUUCUGCCACGUGCUGCACAAGGUGCUGCGCGAUGGACACCCCAACGUGCUGCAGGACUCGCUGCGCCGCAUGUCCAACCUGAAGGAUCUCGGCCGCAUGUGGGGCCAAAUGCACAACCGCUUCGGGCAGAUGGUGAGCGUGUACCUCAAGCUGCUGCUCACCAAGAUGGAAUUCCACGAGAAGAAUCCGAUCUUUCCUCCAAAUCUGGCGGUGAGCGAUGCCAAGCUCGAGGAGGCCGGAGGUAACGAUGCCAGCACCAUAUUCCAGCUCACGGUGUCGAUGUUCGACUACAUGGAAUGCGAGCUCACCCUCUUCCAGACCGUGUUCAACUCGCUGGACAUGUCGAAGGCCGUGUCAAUGACCCAGGCUGGGCAGUGCCGUCUGGCGCCGCUCAUCCAGGCCAUCCAAGACUGCAGCCACCUCUACGACUACAUCGUUAAGCUGCUUUUCCGCCUUCACUCCUGUCUCCCAGCGGACACCCUGGACGGACACAGGCAACGUUUCCAAGACCAAUUCAAGAGACUCAAGGACUACUUCCACCGCUGCAGCAACCUGCAGUACUUCAAGCGCCUCAUCCAGAUUCCACGACUGCCCGACAAUCCUCCCGACUUCCUGCGUGCCUCGGCCCUCUUCGAGCACGUGAAGCCAGUCGUGGUGAUCCCGGGGGACAGCGUCGAGCCUGACGACCUGGUGGAACCGGAGGUGGUGGAGCCGGUGCACAGCCCUUUGGUGGCAGCGGAGCCCAAAGUGGAAGAUAUCCUCGACUUCAGCAAUGGCAGCAGCAGCGCUCCUGACGAGAGGGACCAGCUCAUUGAACGUCUGCAGCGGGAGAUCGAGAGGCUCAAGGGGGAACUGGAGUUCCUCAAGGCCGAGAGCCGCCGCCUGAUCGUGCAGCUGCGGGAGCGCGUGGUGCAGCUGGAGCGCGAGCUGGCGGAGGAGCGCGGUCUGCGCAUGCGGGCGCAGACCGAGGGCCAGCGUGUGCAGGCCGAGCUGCUUGAGGCCCAGCGCGACAGGGAGGAGACGGAGUUGGCCCAGAGUGCGCUCACCGAGGUUGAGAAGAAGGCGCAAGCGAACGAGCAGCGCUUUGUGAAAAUGAAGGAGAAGCACACGGAUCUGGUGAAGACGCACGCGGAGCUGCUGAGGAAGAACGCUGACGUGGCGCGACAGCUGACGACGCUGCUGCAGGCCAAGGAGGAGGCCGAGACGGCGCGGGCUGGCAUCGAGAAGAUUAUCCAACAGACCGAGCAAGAAACGGACGCCAAGCUGCAGGAGCAGAGGCGCGCGGUGGAGAGGCUUGAGAAGGAGCUGGAGAGCAGCCGCCAGGACCUGACCUCGCUCCGGUUCACGCUGGAGAACACCGAGAAGUCGGGCACGGAGCUGUCGAGCCGGAUGCAGUCUCUGCAGGACGAGAAGCGCCGGGUCCAUGAGGAGCUGGAACGGCGCAGCCAGGAGGUGACGGCGCUGGGAUCGCAGCUGAGCGAGCGUGAGCGCGCUCUCGAAGACAACAAGCAGCAGAAGCAGGCCGAGGUGCAGCAGCUGCAGCAGCGGCUGUCUGACAAGGAGGCACAGGAGAAGUCCCUGAGGCAGCGUCUCCUGGAGGAGCAGUUCCUGCUGCUGCGGGGCGCCGUCGAGGAGGGCGAGCGCAUCGUGCGUGACGCCAUCGACAAGCUGGACGACCCGCUGCACGUCGGAUGCAAGAGCUCCCCGGACUAUCUCAUCACGAGGGCGCAGGCGUCGCUGGAGUCUGUGGCUCGCACCAAGGCGGGUCAUGCCCAGUACGUGAAGGACGAGUCUGAUGCGAGUGGAUUGCUCCGAGCGGUCUCUGGGCUCUCCCACCUGGUCAGCGACACGAUCGUACAGGGCAGCGCCACCUCGCACCUGGUGCCGGGGGACCAGGCCGACCGCCUGACGGAGGCGUGCCAGCAGUGUGGCGACGGCGCCCUGGCCUUCCUGGACAAGCUGAAGGAGCGCUCGACGCUGCCCGGCGCCAACCCCGAAGCUCUGCGCGCCACUCUGGAGCGCAUCGUCCGCAUUGGGGAGGACCUGCGUCCCAAGGGCAUGGACGUGCGUCAGGAGGAGCUGGGGGACCUGGUGGAGCAGGAGAUGGCGUCGACAUCCGCCGCCGUGGAGGCGGCAGCGGCUCGCAUUGAGGACAUGCUGAACAAGUCGCGGGCGGCCGACACGGGCAUCAAGCUGGAGGUGAACGAGCGGAUUCUCGCGUCUUGCACGGAUCUGAUGCAAGCAAUCAAAAUUCUCAUCGUCGCAUCGUCGGAGCUCCAGAGAGAAAUCGUGGAGAGCGGACGGGGUGCCGCCUCACCGAAGGAGUUCUACGCCAAAAACUCUCGCUGGACCGAGGGCCUCAUCUCUGCCUCGAAGGCCGUGGGCUGGGGCGCCACCAUGCUGGUCGAAGCGGCCGACAAGGUGGUGCAGGGUGACGGCAAAUUCGAGGAGCUCGUGGUGUGCUCGCACGAGAUCGCCGCCAGCACCGCGCAGCUCGUCGCUGCCUCCAAGGUGAAGGCCGAGAGGAACAGCGGCAAGCUGGCACGCCUGCAGCACGCGUCGCGCGGGGUCAACGAGGCCACGGCCCGCGUCGUCGCCUCCACCAAGACCGGGAUGUCGCAGAUCGAGGAGUCCGGAGCUAUGAACUUUAAGGAUAUGACCAUGACCCUGACGCAAGCGAAGCUUCGAGAAAUGAACUGCCAGGUCAAGGUGCUGGAGCUGGAGAAUCUGCUGGAGAAGGAGCGCAUGCGGCUGGGCGAGCUCCGCAAGAAGCACUACGAACUGGCCGGCACCUUGGCGCAGGGAGCAGACGGCAACUGAGGCCCGUGGCGGCGGUGAGAGUGGAGGAGGUGGAGUUGGCGGUCCGCAUUCCUUCGCUGGGAUAUUCGUCCACUCCACUCUCCACGGGGCACCGUGCGAGUGCUUUUGCAAUAGCGAGAUGGAGCUCAACGGGUGUUUUACUGGGACUCGAGAAUGUUUCUUGUUGUGUUUUUAAGGCGGUGGGUGUCAACACUGGCAGUUUUUACUUCCCCUUUUCUGCGCUCUCGUGCCCCGGGGGCCCCCCCACCCCGUACGGACCGUCAUUAAAUCCUUAAACCACGACCCCCCCCUCCCCCCCCCCCGGUUCGUAGAUGUGCAAUGAGGGUGCGGAGAAUCGAAACGCGCCUGCUGACUCGUUGGUGAGCGUGGCCACCACACCGGUGGUGCCGGCAGCAAGGCCGGGCUGCUGUGCUCGAUGUGCGGUCGGACUGACAGCUUGGGGAUUGAGGAGGGAGGGAGCAUAGGUGGGGGGGGGGGGGGACGUUGAGGGUGGGGGGUGGGUGGGCAGCAAGGUCAUUGUCUCUGUGCAUUUGCCCUGUAAAUCAUAAGUGAGUUUUUACUGUGUAAUUAAGGUGAGCAUUGUUGUUCUAUUUUAACUUUAACUGCUGCAGUUUACUGGCGUUCCACCUUUAUUUGAUGCACUCAUGAGUUGAGUGCCUGUGUGUGUGUGUGUGCGUGCGCAUACAUUCCUGUGUGGAUCCUAAGUAAGUGUACAUGCGCGCGUGUGUGCGUUACACUGCACUAGGGCGCGUGUGUGCACACGGCGGGGUGGGGGAGCGGUUGCGCAGCGGUUUGAUCGCUGCGCUACGAACCCGGGGACCCCAUAUUUUAUUAUUUGAUUACCGCUCACGGCCAACACCGGUGACGAUUAUCUAAAGCAGUCCCGGGGCUCCCCCCUAAGUCGACUGUGUAUGGAGACAUCAGCACGAAGGGGCAGAAACAGAUGUGGCCGGGCGCGGUGUUGUCCACACCACACACUCUCUCUCUCGCGCGGCGGACCGGCCUCCGUGCUCGUGCAUUGUUCAGGAAUGUGUGCGCUCCGAAAGGAGGAACGUCGCGUUUUGUCUUCGUUAAGUGGUGAGCUCGGAGCUUUCUUUUGCUAGAGGAAGUAUGUGAGUGCGUGCGUGUGUGUACAUGUACAUUGUGGGGAGCGGUAGCGUAGUGGUCAGCGCGCUGUUCUACGGUACCUGGCGACCCCGGUUGGAUUCCCGCUCGCGGCCGAUACAAGUGACGAUUAUCUUAACCGGUGCUGGGCCUCCCCUAGGUCGACUCAGCCUCAAAUGAGUACCUGGUGCGGUGUGUAAACAUCGCCACUGGGGAGACAAAGGCGGCUGGGCGUGGUUGCUGGCCACCCACCCCCUCGUGUGUUGUUCCGGCCUUCAUAGGUGCUCGCUAACAGCACUUGCCCCAACAUCCUGUUAAGGCUAUACGGGGGAUCUUUGUCUUUGUGUGUACAUGCAUGCACGCGUGUGUGCGUGUGCGCACAUUCAUCCGAGUACUUGCGUGUGUGUGUGCGGGACGCGAGCAGCUCUCGGUGCUCUCAGUUGCCCACUGCUUGCCACGUGCAGGUUAAAAUUAGCCGUCACGUCAAAUAGCUAAACGCUAGAUGUGAGUGUAGACGUCCUGUGUCAAGUACAAUCUAGUCUUUGUUAUCCCGCCAGAGUGUGGAUGUACGGGGCCCGACUGUUUACGCCGCGUUUCAUUGUUGAAUGUUCACCGCGACCGUGGUACGGGUCGUCCCGUCAAGCGUUUCCACUCGUGCAUCGGACGUGAUCCGCGGCGCGCGCGUUGGUGAAAUUGCGACGUGGUUUACGAUUGAUCGCUCGCUCGCCGCCGCCGCCACCACCGCCACUGGGAUCGAGGUUUCCGCCGCACGCUCCUUGCUUUGCGACCGUCGAUCGCGGUGGAGCGUACCCCCGGCGGUGAUCCGACCCCAUGGCGGUUACUUUUCAUGUCAAUUUUGGUCCUCGUCACGAGAACUUCUCGCAGCCACUCCGGCCGUGCAGCAAUCCCGAGCGCAACGUGGGCCAGAUUCUCAUCGUUUUCGGCGGGAUUUCACUUUUGUCGGAUAGAACAUUUUUGUUGCGAAAACGCGCCGACGUCUCCAUUGCCAACAGUGGCGGCAUGGGAAAGUCGGCCAAAGUGCGGUUUUGUGGACGGUUUUGUCAAAAUGGGAAUCCGAUUACCUCCCGCUUUUUUAUUUUCUGGGGGCCUCUUCUUUUUUUUUUUGCUCAACUUCUGGAGCUCGGUCGGUCGGUCGGUCAGCGGGAAGGGUUUUGCUCGCGAGACGAAACUCUCAAUAGGGGGCGGCCCCCUGGUCGGACGGCCGUUUGCCGAUGCUCGUCUUUGUCCGCGGCAGGCUCGGCGUCCCACUGCGACCGACAGAUUCCUCCAAGGAGAGGUUGGCGUGGUAGCAUUCAUCGGUAAGCGAUUAUCUGGACCGGUCCUGCGCCUUCCCUAGGUCGACCCAGCCUCAAGUGAGUACUGGGCAUGGUGCUGCCCCCCCACCCAACCCUGCUCGUGUACCAUGCCGGCAUUCGUAGGUGCUACUCGUCAUAACAGCUCUUGUCCCGAGAAAGUAUGUUAAAGGUGACACGGGGGAUCUUUGUCUUUGGGCUGACAGAAAUGAUGGCACGCCAGGCUUGUAGAACCACUGCCGCCGUGUGGUCAUUGACGCCGUGAUCCUCUCGCUGCGCGUGGCAAGCGACACGCCACGCUAGCGCCGGCUUCUCUUGGCGAUCGGCGAGGCCGACGCGACCAACAGCGGCCCCCGCGGCUACGACCUCGACGUUUUAUUUCAUUUUUAAAAAAAUGUGCACUUAUCGACCAAUAAAUCAAUCAAUCAAUAAAUCAACUCGCGAGUUGAAGUUAAUAUCCGUCUGCCGGCGUGCCUCGAUGUAACGUGGCGAUGUCGGAGGCUGCCGUCUUGCUGAUGAUAACGCAAACGAGCGAAAUUUCAGCGCUCUGGGCGCGAGUGCGUCCGCGGUCGGAUGGUGCCGGGUGCGCCUUUUUGGCGGUUCUGAACCAGUGGUUACGGACUGCACAUUCCCUUGGUGGGUGCCAGUCUGUCCGUACGACGGCGAUGACCGUUGACCUACACGCAUACACACAUACACACAGACGCAGGGUGAUCCUCGUGUUAUUGAUCCGGUAAGGAUGAAAAUCAGUUAUUGACCUGGCAAAGUAGAUCAUUUGCAGGGAGGACUGUUCGGACACUGGCGAUGGCGCUGAACGGGCUGCUGCGCUGCUCUGCCGCCUUCUCGGCCCCCUAGCUCUGAGCGCUCGAAACGACGAGCGGAAUGAAAACGGAGGAGUGUGUUAAAGGGGGAAGCACAGCAACCAAACGGAGCUCUCAUCCUACCACCGACACUAACCAUGGCUAAUCAGCCACGAGGACUAGCCCCCCCUACCACUGACUCUACCAAACGAGAGUUGAUCAACGACUUGUACUAACCCGACUAAUAACAGCCAACUAGCCAAGCAGCAAUUGGCCCUCUCAUUAAACCUCUCCCGACCACCUGCCCUAACCAACCGGUCAUGAGUUCUAGCCCACGAACUUUAAACAAUUAGCCAAGCCAGCCACGAGGAAUACCCCACCACCCCUAACUUGAACCCCACCGAUGUCGCUGCGCGGGGACUCAUGCUCAGUCGUGUUCCUCACAUCGCGCUGGGCUACGGGCUCCGUUCCCUCUCUCCCCCCUUGUCUCCCUCUCCCACCGUGACUCUCCUCGUCUCUCUCUUUGCGAAUGAACUUUCAUCCUGUGGGUCAUGGCGCGUGCCCGCAGUGUCACACGAGUCGAGGAUUGUGUGUCGCUGUGUGUAAUGUAAGUGCUGUAUAAUGUGGAGGGGUGGUGAUGUGAUGUGUCUGUGUGUGGUGUUGGUCGUGUGCCUUGCUGUGUACUUCUCAAUAAAGUGUCUUUAUAACUUU